UGGUAAAUGGUAACACUAUUAUGUUUUACUAGAUCGUGUACGUGAUGGCAAUAUUCGGGGAAGACAUUUUGUGGAACGGCACAGAAAUCUACAAAGCAACCUCCGUCGACAAAGUUCUCGACCGUGUUUUCGUGGUUUUGAUCCUAGCUCUGUUUAUUGUUUCCAGCGUUUGUAAUCCCAUCGUGUUUUGGUACCACCGAAGAAUGAAACAGAAUACUCCAGCCGUCCUGUUUCAGAUCCUAACUGCGAAUGAUUUUCUAACAUGUGUUCUGGUGGCUCCAGUCAUGGUGUACUACUUGGUAGCUGAGAAACCAUAUGACCUGGCAAAGCCGGAAGAACCCCAUUCCUGGCAGAUCUACUAUUCGAUGAUCAAGGGAACAAUGUUCUGCUGGUCUUUUUCUCUGACGGCUAUUCUCGGAACUGUAAGAUGCAUCGUAAUCCACUUCCCCUUCUUCCGGAUCAAAAAAGUCCUGGUGUUGAGCAUCGCUGUUGGUCUAGGCAUGUUUUCAAUGAGUAUUUCUCUAGCUAUGUACUUCAGUGACAGUGAUCACGUUUGGAGCUCACACUCUCUUCAGAUAUACGGUAAGAGGUCUCUCAAUGGAUCCACGGUCUCAGCUGCCCGCAUCGUUGGUUAUGUUAAAGCUGGGGGAAACAUGGUGGUAUCUCUCAGUUCAGCUGCUUUGAGCGUCUGGGGACUGAAGGGAGCAGACAAGUUAAGAACUACAGGAGAAAAUGGCAAGAAACGAGGAGGAAAAGAAGCUGCUUUGACGAUAGCUUAUCUCAACAUUCUCAUCGGUAUGCAGUUCAUUUUGAUCAUAACAUCACUGGUUGUCCAACAUAAGUUCCCUCAUGAGCUUAUCUUGAUGAACUACCUAUUUUUCCUGACCUUCCCAUUUGCCAACACGCUAAUCUCAGCUGUUAACCCGCUCAUAUACGUCCUGAGAUCCAGCAAGAUAAAGCAAGUGCUGUUGAGGAAGGUACCUUCCCAAAUUAGCAAGACUACUCUCUCCGGGAACACCAUCCUCUCUGAUAUAAACGUAAAACAAUAGAUUAUAGAUGAAAAGCACUAAGCAGUGAAGUGAGCAGCCUUUAACGGAGGUUUAUUACCCAGCUUUAGCUUAAUAUAAAGAGUCAUGACAGAGAACCAAUCCACGUGCACACAUAGAGUUUGAUUUUCAAUUGCUGAGAAACUGCAAAUGUUUGUGCUAACAAACUCGUUUGAAAAUCAAAGGUGUAGUAUUAAUAAUUGUAAUAAUUGCUCGUAUCGGAAAAACUAUCACUUUUGACAGAACAAGGACUGCAAAAUAAUAAUUUUUCUAUUGUAAAUUGAAAAUUGUAAUACCAAGAAUUUACAGUUAGUUGACAUUCUAGCAAACUACAACCUAUAGUUAUUAAUUUUAUGAAUGUAAGAGUCCGAAUCACC